AUGGCGCCGACAUCAUGGCUGGACGUUGCCUCGGACUCUCCGUUCUCCCUGGCUAAUAUUCCAUUUGGCGUGGGCAUCUUUCCUGGACAUGACAAGCCGUCCGUAGCUGUUGCUAUUGGCGAAUAUGCGAUGAACUUGGCAGUAUUUGCCUCCAGUGGCGGAUUCUCCCAGCUCGCAGAUGUUCAAGGCCAUGCUGAAGUCUUUGACCAAACAGCCCUCAAUACACUUGCGGCCCUCGGACGACGCUUUUCGGCAAUUGUACGGCGCUUUUUACAAGAGAUUCUCAAAGAGACAACGCCAUAUCCUCACCUCCUCAAGGACAAUAAAGAUUUGCAAUCUCGAUGCCUGGCGCGGUUGACGGAGGUGGAUAUGCGUCUCCCAUUCAACAUCGGCGAUUUCAGCGACUUUUAUGGGGGCAUGAACCACGCAUAUAAUGCCGGGGCGCUCUUUCGGGGUCAGAAUGGAGCACUGCUACCCAACUACCUGCAUCUUCCCAUGGCCUACCAUGGUAGAUCAUCUUCGAUAUAUGUCUCUGGAACACCAGUACGAAGGCCUUGGGGACAGAUUGUGGAGGAUCUAACCGCUACAAAGCAUCCAAUUUUCGUUCCAUGCCGGACCAUGGACUUCGAACUUGAGCUAGGUUGCUUUGUCUGUGGGGGCAAUAAGCCAUUCGACAAUAUCUCCAUCGAGAACGCCGAAGAAAACAUAUUCGGAUUCGUACUCCUGAACGACUGGUCCGCGCGCGACGUGCAACGAUGGGAGUAUGUGCCACUCGGACCAUUCAACGGCAAAAACUUCGCGACGACCAUCAGCGCCUGGGUUGUGUUGGCAGACGCAUUGGAACCGUUCCGGAGUCCUGGGAUGAUUCAUCCUGGACCGCUUCUUCCGUAUCUACAGGAGCACCGCAAGGACUUCACAUAUGACCUCAAGUUGGAGGUCCAGCUGCGCAGCGGUAGCACGAAGCGUCUCUCGACAAUCUGCUCCACCAACGCCAAGGACGGGCUGGUCUGGUCCUUCCCGCAGAUGUUGGCACACCACACAAUCACGGGCUGCAACAUCAGGGCGGGCGACCUUCUUGGGUCUGGGACGAUUAGCGGUGAGAGCACCUCCUCUCUGGGCUGUUUGUUGGAGCAGACGCUCAACGGAAGGCGACCGAUUCAGUUGGAAGGAGGUGAGCAACGAACAUGGCUGGAAGACGGAGACGAGGUGAUUUUGAAGGCCUGGGCUGGUGAUGAACAACACGGGAUUGUGGGAUUUGGGAAUGCCGCAGGGGUGUUGUUACCAGCCCAUAAGCAGAUUGUGCCAAGUAAAGCUGCGUUAUAG